GUGACGGCGCUGUUGGAGCAGUUGCAUGAAGGAGUCCCCGGUAGCGAUUCCCUGGUGGUUGCAGAUCAAGGCAAACUAAACGGCAGAUCUGGCCCACCCGCAACAGCUGCAACAGGUACAGCUACAGUUAAUGCUUACUCUUAUUCAUCUUAAGGAGCAUCUUGGAAGGGCUUUCUAAGGGAAAACGGCUACCAAGAAGAUGCUCCUGAGGAUGAAUAUCCUCGGUAAAAAGGUCUAAUAUACUAGGUACUACAGCAGGUGCAACAAGUAGUUCAGCAGCAGUACCAGCCACCAAGGAUUCAGCGAAAGGCACGACGCCU